GGGUCGAUAAGGUGCUGCAACUCACUGUUAAGCGCACAUCAUCUCAACCAAUCAGAGCUUUUUCUCUAUAUCACCAUGCCAUAAUUUCCCGAGGUCGCCUCUAUUCGAGAAAGCAAAAAAGCCAAAAGCCAUCACCGCUCAUCUUUCUACCCAAAUAAUCUUUCAUUUACAACUACCCCGCGAAUCACCACGAGAGCCAGAGGAUCGAUUCCCCACCAUCGAUUUCGAAGUCGGGAAUACUUAUGAGCUUACGAAUUUAACGAAAGCGAUGAGCGGCAAUCAAAAAGGCAAGGGCAAAGGUCGCCGCGGACGGAACCGUGAGGAAGAAUCCGCAUCACCUCCGUCUUCUUCCGGAGCCCCGGGUUACAUGACCGUCGGCAGCGGUUCCUCGCAAUAUGCUUCACGGCUGCAAACACUUAUAGACGACGAUUCGGGCUACGGCGGUAGCAUCGCAGGAGACGAUGCUGGUUCAUCUAGACGACCGGUCGGCUCUUCUCGAGUUGGCCCGUCCUUGUCGGGGGAUAUGCCGCUACAACGUCGUUCUUCCAGCAGCCCGGAUUCUGAACACCGAAAGGAAGCAGCAGCUAUUCACCAGAUGUGGUAUAACCAGCAUCGAUCAUCUUUAAAUCGCGCCAUCAGUAAGGUUGUCGAUCUCCUCAAAUCCCUCCAAGAGACAAAUAUCUCCUGGCCUGCGCACUACCCUUCAGUCCAGAGGGUGGAAAGAGUCUCUCCCGAACGAUCCGCGCCACGUCCAGGAAUACACCAUACCUCUACUAUGGGCCCAGAGCCCUCUUCGCACCGCUCGCGCCCAUUGCGACGAUCGAUGACGACCACGGAAGACUACGAAACUGCAGAAUCCAGUAGGGAUGCCGAGAAUAAAAACAUAGUGGAUUCGCCGAGAUUAGUGACGCCGCAAAUUGCACAGGAGUUUUCGAUUCUAAAGUUGGACCUUAAAUUAGGCAAUCUACACCAGACCGAGCUUGUCCAUUCUCUUGAAAAAGGAUCUAUUGCCGCAUUGCUGGACGGAAAGAUUAGCUCCAGCAUCAAGCAUUUACAGGUACUCCGUGAAAGAAUCGAGGACACAUCUAGCAAGGUUUUGGUAACUGGAGACCUGAACGCCGGAAAGUCUACGUUUUGCAAUGCGCUACUGCGCCGAAAGGUUCUCCCGGAAGAUCAGCAGCCAUGCACGAGCAUUUUCUGCGAAGUCUUGGAUGCGAGGGAGAACGCUGGAGUUGAGGAGGUCCACGCAGUCCAUCAAGAUUCCAUCUACAAUCGACACGACGAAUCAACCUAUGACGUCUUCCCCCUAAGUGACUUAGAGGAGAUUGUCCUCGACAAUGUUACCUAUAUGCAAUGUAAAGUUUACAUCAAAGAUGUACGAACGAUUGACGAAUCGCUACUCAAUAACGGCGUUGUCGACAUUGCUUUGAUUGACGCACCGGGUCUCAAUUCUGAUACGACCAAGACGACGGCUGUGUUUGCGCGCCAGGAAGAGAUAGAUGUGGUUGUCUUCGUUGUGUCUGCUGCGAAUCAUUUCACCCAAUCUGCAAAAGAGUUCAUCUGGGCUGCUGCGGCAGAGAAAGCGUAUAUCUUCAUGGUAGUCAACGGUUAUGAUCUCAUCAGAGACAAGGAACGGUGCCAGAAGAUGAUCCUGGAUCAGGUAUAUGGUCUAAGUCCUCGUACAUUUAAAGAGUCCACCGAACUCGUGCAUUUCGUAUCCAGCAACGCUAUCCCAGUUUCCCCACCCCCCGGCGGUCCAGACGGAGGAGGCAGUGGUAGCUCAAGUGGAGGUGGUGACGACCCUGGUGAUGAUCCCAAAGGAAAAGGCAAGGACAAGGAGAAGGUUCGGGACUUUGAGAAGCUGGAACAGUCCCUAAGGCGGUUCGUCUUGGAAAAGCGAGCACGGUCUAAGCUCGCGCCCGCUAAAACUUACCUCCUCAACAUCCUCAACGAUGUCAACGUACUUGCUACUGUCAAUGCCGAGAUGGCCACGUCCGAAUUAGAGCGAGUGUUGAGCGAAUUGGAAGUUAUUGAGCCUCAGCUAGAAGCUUCAAGGAAAGCAAAAGCUGAGGUGAGUGAGGAUGUGGACCAAACCAUCGAGGAAACUUGUAAAGACAUUUAUGACCACACCCGAACCACGCUCAACUCGGUCAUUGCCCACGCUGGUGAUGGCAAUUCCGGUGUACCUUAUCCAGGUCUAUUCCACGUUUUCCAGUACGCCGAAGAGUUGAAGGAAGCAAUGCUGUCUCAGAUCUCGGAGUCAGUCACGUCCUGUGAGGAGUAUGCACGGACAAAGACUGUUGGCGGCGUAAAUAUGAUCAAACAACUCGGCAUAAUGCAUCUCGGCAACGAAUUUCAUGAUCUCAACUUCCGCGCUGAUGUCAUGUUCCGAAGGAGACGUGACGUAUUAGCGAAGCAAGUUGACGUAGCUACCGAGAUAUGGGACUUUGUCGACUGGUCUACAAUUAUGCAACGGCAAGAGAAAUUGGCUGGUACUGGAAUGGCCUUAACCGUUGCCACCGCCAUCGGUGGUCGUUUGGUUGGCGGUAUGGGAUGGAUGGACCACACUCUGAACAUAGUGAAGAUCGUCGGUAACGACAACCUUCGAAGGCUGAUUGUCCCUGGCUUAGUCCUAGCAGCCGUCUCAGCUGCAGCUUAUGUUGUUCAGCAAAUACCGCACUCGCUACCUCACCGCUUGUCUGAAAAGAUCUCAGCGCAGCUAACAGCAAUCGACUACGUCCAUGCAAACAGCAACCGCAUCUCGAGUUCAGUGCGCAAGGUACUCCGAUACCCUGCUGACAACCUCCGGGUUGCCUUAUCGCGCUCCGUCGAACAACUUGGCAAGCGUCAAGAGGAGACCAUGAAGGUGCGCGGUGAGAGUGAGGUAGCUCUCAAGUAUUUCGGUAAUCUAGUACGCGAGAGUGCCCACCAACGCAGCUUAGUCGAGGAGAUAGAUCUCGAUGCACACCCUCUGCCCUCUGCCGGCGUAAACAUUGCUUGAAGCAAGACAUAUUUAUGUACGUACGGCAUGAAAUGGCGUUGAGGAGGGCACACUUGGAUUAUCAGCAUGACAUCUCGUUUGUUUGAGCUCACGCACUUCCUUUUCUAAUAGUCUUAGCGGAUGAUGGCGGGAAAAAAAAACUUGACGAGUGACGUAGAAUGGCAAAUGGUUUGGUGGCGUCCAGAGUCAGUUGUAAGCUGGACGAGUAUGAACUCUACUCCCCCAUUCUUUUUCCUCGAUCCCUAUGUACGUACGUACUAGUUUAUACUAAAUCACAAGGAAAAUCAGGGCUUAACCGAGUUUGGAUCUACGUAGAGCGUUAAGAUAGCAGCAUGAUAGCAGCAUGAAUAGCGUAGACAAUAUAAUAUUACUUACGUCGUAAUAGGUACGGUAGCAUUCCGUUCCUGUAAUAUGUAACUGUAUCCGUGUGAAUUAUUGACCACGAUUAACU